CAAAAGUGGAUGAAAAGGUGCAGCGAGUCAUAAAAUGACCUGAAAACGGGUCUAGAAAUUCAACAGGUCGACGUAAAAAGCAGAGCCAUUUCAGUGUCCAACAAUGUCAUUAACAGCGAAACAGGUGCUCGUGCUCUUCUUCAUCAUUAAAAGUGGGUUUGUAACGUGUGCUGCUUCUAAACGUUUUAAUGAUGACGUGAGUUUGGUUUUGCGUGUUGGAAAUGGUGACACUGACAACCAUGUUAUAGGAAGUAGAAGUAAGAGGGACACCUCUAACUCAGGUGCAGUGACGAUGACCAACCUCCAGGUCGUUUCAACCAUCCAGUCUCACUACGCCAAGACAAUCAUAACCAGUGUCAUGGAAAACGGGGCUACCAGUGGAAACGGGACUGAGACAUCCUUCAUGGUUCAGAUCCCCGAAGAGGCAUUUAUCUCUUCCUUUAACAUGGAAAUCAACGGCACAUGGUAUGCAUCAUCUGUCCUGUCCAAAGCAGAGGCAAAGAAGAUUUAUGACGCUGCGAGAAAUCAAAGUCAGAAUGCAGGAAUGGUGAGCAGCGCAGGCCCCUCCGGUUCCUCUCAAGAAACUGUUAAGUAUCGGAAAAAAUUCAAUGUCAACACCAACAUUGCCCCUGGAAGCCGAGUAACCUUUGUGUUAACCUAUGAGGAACUUUUGGAGCGCAAACUUGGGAAGUAUGAUCAUAUCAUUAGUGUUCGCCCUAAUCAGACAGUAGCCAACUUGACCAUAGCAGUGGACAUUGAUGAACCCCAGGGACUUACGAGUCUGGAAGUUGAUGAGCCCUCUCUUCCCCAGGCAUCAGUACAGUCAGUGAGCAGCAUGGUGAAGAAGAUUCAGUACAGCCCUACAGUGGCUCAACAACAAGCUCAGAAUGCUGUCAAAGGGAUCGAUGGUGAUUUCAUCGUGACAUACGUGCUUCAAGACACCAAUAAUGGUGGUGUAAUUUUGGUUGGAAAUGGUGGAUACUUUGUCCAAUACAUUGCUCCCACAGGACUUAAUGCCCUUCCCAAAUCGGUAUAUUUUGUGGUCGAUGUUAGCGGGUCCAUGAGUGGGCAGAAAAUUGAACAAGCAAAGAAUGCCAUGCUAGCCAUACUAGAUCAGCUGGACACUUCUAUGGAUUACUUUGGUAUUGUGUUGUUUGAUGACACUUUGGAAUACUGGCCUGAUACUAAGUCUUUAGUUCAGGCCACUUCAGAGAGAAUCAGCAGUGCCAAGUCAUUUGCUAAUGAAAAAAUAAAGGCUCGUGGAGGCACAGACAUCAACAGUGGUUUAGUUGCAGCAUCCCAGGCUUUGAAAAACCAACCCAGUAGCAGAGCAUCAAUCAUCGUCUUCCUGACUGAUGGACAACCAACUUCUGGUGUUUACGACACAAAGGUAAUUCGACAGAACAUCCUGCAAGAAACCAGUGGCACAGGCAUCGGGAUUUUUUCCAUUGGUUUUGGGACCGGAGUGAACAGUGACUUCAUGAGGGCAGUGUCCUAUGAAAAUUGUGGCAGAUAUCAGUUCAUAGCAGAUGACGCAGAGGCAAGCAAAGAAUUGGAAAACUUCUUCAGGCAAUUGGGAUCGCCUCUUAUUAAAGGUGUCCAGGUUGAGUAUUCCAAUAAUUUGGUGGACCAGACCAGCCUUAGCAACACCACCAAGUGCCUCCAUUUCAGUGGCAGUGAGAUGGUAGUGGUUGGGAAACUUCAGAGUCCAACAUGCCCCAGCAGUUGGCAGAGCCGUGUAACAGGGCAGGGAAAAACGACCAACAUUGAUCUUUACAGCAGCGCUGCAACGUGCACCAAUGAAGCCUUCCUGGAGCGUCUAUGGGCGUACAAAAAGAUUAAUUCCUUACUUGACCAGAUGAAUGCACUCAGUGAUAAUGAUGUGCUUAAAAAAGAAGUUGAAGCCAAGGCUUUAAACAUGUCUUUGGAGUACAACUUUGUGACACCACUGACUUCAAUGGUAGUAGUCCAGUCGGCAGAUUACCAGGUUAGGAAUCAGGAAGACCUAUUUAUUCAGUCGUUUGGUGGUCGGAUUAACAGUAAAAGUACUGGUAUUACUGGAUCUAGAAGCUCUACCAAGUGUUUGUCACUUGUUCUUUUUGUCGCAGUGAUGUCUUAUAUGGGAUUAAAUGUCCAGCUGGGAUUUUAAUUAGGUUGGAUUAUUUUUAGAUAUAUGAAAAUGAAUUGAAUUUCUUUCAUUGUAAUCAUAUCUCUUUAUCUGUUGUGGCUGAAAUGAGUUAUUAUUUUGAGAUAAAAUAAUAGUGUAUGUAUUAUUGUGUCUGUUACUACACUUUUAAAGUCAGAAUUGUCAUAUUUUGAAUUAGAAAAUUAUGUAUAUAUGUAUAUAUAUAUAUAUAUAUAUAUAUAUCAUGUACAGUAUUGUAAUAUUGAAGGCAGCUAAUCUGUGAAGAUGUUUAAGGCUGAUAUUUAUGUCAUAAUACAUCCCUACAGAAAUCUAUGGGAGCAGAAUGAAGUUCUUGUUACACACUAAAGGAUAUGGAAUCCAACAUGUUUGUUUACAGAUAUAGAUUUAUAUGGCUGGAUUUAAAUACCAGCUUAUCAUUCUUACUAAUGUGAUCCAUCUGAAAAAAAGAAACAUUUAUACUAUGGUCACCAGAUUUUGUGUGUAAUUGAUAUCCACUGAGGUAUAAAGAGUGUAAGAUAGGAAAGGCCGAAUUUGGCCAGUUUAGUUUGAUGCCCCAAAUCUUUAAUACUGUAUACUUCUUAAUCAAGUGCUUCUGUGAUAAUUAUACUGUAGCUUCAAUUUUAUUUGUAAAAAAUUGUAGACAGUUUAAAUAGUUAUUGUACAGAGAUUUAUUUUUGAAUGUUUAAUUAUUUAAAAGUUUUAUAAUGUGCACAUUACCUAAUCAUGUACUUGAAACCUCUGCUGUACAAACAUUUCAGGAGUGAAGGGAAAAUGUCUUAGAUAAUUUACAAGGACUUGUUAAUUACUAAAUUAAAUGUCAAAGCAUCAGCAUUUAAGUAUUUUGAAUGGACUUCAGGUAAAAAAAAAAAAAAAAAACUUGGACCAUCAGGUCUUUGUGCCAUAUCUCUUGCUAGUAAUUAAAUUCCAUGAUUUUUAUAGGUGUAAUUUAUUGUUGAUAAUGCUUGGAUAUAUAUAUCUUAUGUUGAUAAUGUAAACUUCACUGCAAAUU